AUUCUGUCUUUCCAGACGUAUACUGUUGCGAAGACCAUGAAAGAUAAGAGUGAGAAAUUAGUGAGAGAGUAGAGAGAGAAACUCAGGGAGAGAGAGCAUCUUCAUUGUUGAAGAUGAUAUCCAACGUUUCAACCACAUUCGAUUUUACUCAAAUUCAAACACCAUUUUGUCCUUUUAAAACCCUAAUUAAUCCAUUUCUGCUUUCUUCUUCCAGACAUGUUUUCAGAAGAAAAUUACCGUUCAAGUCCAACAUUCAACUUCUCACUAAAUCCAGCAAACUUAAUAUUAUGGCUUGUGAAGCUUCAACUUCGAGUUCGAACUCGCUCGUAUCUUCAGCAACUCAAGAAGAUGACACCGAGUCAGCCCAGCUAUUCGAGAAGCUGAAGGAUGCAGAAAGAGAACGGAUAAAUAAAUUAGAAGAACUUGAAAGAAAGGCAAAUGUUCAGUUAGAGAGGCAGCUUGUGAUGGCUUCAGAGUGGAGCAGGGUAUUGUUGACUAUGCAGGGAAAGUUGAAGGGAACAGAGUGGAACCCUGAGAAAUCGUACACAAUUGACUACAGUGAUUUUUUGGGACUUCUUAACUCAAAUAAUGUCCAGUUUAUGGAGUACUCAAAUUACGGUCAAACAGUAACAGUUAUUCUACCACAUUCAAAAGAUGAACACGAGCAAGGCGAUUCCAAAGAGAAAAUUGUGUUCAAGCGCCAUGUGGUUGACCGUAUGCCAAUUGAUUCUUGGAACGAUGUGUGGCGGAAGUUGCAUCAACAGCUAGUAAAUGUUGAUGUUCUUAAUGUGAACACUGUUCCUGCAGAAGUCUAUUCUACUGUUGCAACUGCAGUAGUGUGGUCUAUGCGGCUUGCUCUUUCUAUUGUACUAUAUCUCUGGAUUGAUAAUAUGAUGAGACCGAUUUAUGCAAAAUUAAUACCUUGUGAUCUGGGAACUCCUCCGAAAAAGACCAGGCAGCCACUCAAGCGCCGUGCUCUUGGAUCAUUAGGGAAGAGUCGGGCAAAAUUCAUAUCUGCAGAAGAAACUACUGGAGUUACCUUCGAUGAUUUUGCUGGUCAGGAAUAUAUAAAGAGGGAACUGCAAGAGAUUGUUCGAAUACUAAAGAACGAUGAGGAAUUCCAGAAUAAAGGCAUCUAUUGCCCAAAAGGUGUGCUGCUCCAUGGGCCUCCUGGAACUGGUAAAACACUUCUGGCUAAAGCUAUCGCUGGCGAAGCAGGACUUCCCUUUUUUGCUGCUAAUGGCACUGAUUUUGUCGAGAUGUUUGUUGGUGUCGCUGCAUCUCGCGUGAAGGAUCUCUUUGUUAGUGCUAGAUCAUUUGCACCUUCCAUCAUUUUUAUUGAUGAGAUAGAUGCUAUUGGUAGCAAACGUGGUGGACCUGAUAUUGGUGGGGGUGGUGCAGAAAGGGAACAGGGCCUACUUCAGAUACUAACUGAGAUGGAUGGAUUUAAAGUAUCAACAUCACAGGUGUUAGUUAUUGGUGCGACAAACAGAUUGGAUAUUCUUGAUCCUGCUCUCUUGAGAAAGGGCCGUUUUGACAAAAUUAUAAGGGUUGGUUUGCCAUCUAAAGAUGGCAGAUUGGCCAUACUAAAGGUUCAUGCUAGAAAUAAAUUUUUCCGUUCAGAGGAGGAGAAGGAGACUCUACUGCAAGAAAUUGCAGAGCUUGCAGAAGAUUUUACCGGAGCAGAACUGCAGAAUAUACUGAAUGAAGCUGGUAUUUUGACUGCGAGGAAGGAUUUAGACUACAUAGGACGAGAUGAACUUCUUGAGGCCGUGAAGAGGCAAAAAGGCACAUUUGAAACUGGCCAAGAAGAUAGUAGUGAAAUCCCUGAGGAGUUGAAAGUUAGAUUAGCAUAUCGAGAAGCAGCUGUUGCUGUUCUUGCAUGCUACUUCCCAGAUCCCUACCGCCCUUUCACUGAGACUGAUAUUAAUUCCAUCCAUAGCCAGCCAAAUAUGCGCUAUAUGGAAAUAUCGGGCAGGGUUUUCAAAAGGAAAGAAGAUUAUGUGAACUCAAUAGUCUGUGCAUGUGCUCCCAGAGUAAUUGAGGAGGAGAUGUUUGGGGUCGAUAAUUUGUGCUGGAUAUCCGCAAAGGCUACAUUCGAAGCUUCAAGGCUUGCAGAGUUUUUAAUUUUGCAGACAGGAAUGACAGCUUUUGGGAAAGCGUAUUACAGAAAUCAGGGUGAUCUUGUGCCUAAUCUUGCAGCCAAACUUGAAGCACUCAGAGAUGAAUACAUGCGUUUUGCCGUGGAGAAGUGUUCAUCUGUUCUGAGGGAAUACCGUUCCGCUGUAGAGACUAUCACAGAUACUCUACUUGAAAAUGGAGAGAUUAAAGCUGAUGAAAUUUGGGAAAUUUAUAGAAGGGCUGUUCGGAACCCUCAGUCUGCUGUGAGUCCAGUUGAUGAAUAUGCUGCUCUAAUAUAUGCUGGAAGAUGGGGAAUCCAUGGCAUUUCACUUCCAGGAAGGGUGACUUUUGCCCCUGGAAAUGUUGGAUUUUCAACUUUUGGUGCACCUCGUCCCAUGCAGACCCAAAUCAUUAGUGAUGAAACUUGGAAGCUAGUUGAUAAUAUUUGGGAUAAAAGGGUUAAUGAAAUUAAAGCUGAAGCCUCCAUGGAGAUUGAAGAAGACCAGGAGAAGCCACAGCUUUUGAUGGCCAGUCAUUUCCUAUGACAUUCAGCAUACAUAUUCUCAUCGGCUGCACUCGCAAGUGUUCGAAUCAUUAGAUAUACAAAGAAACACAUUUUGUUCAAGUGAAAAAGGGAGGUUUCUACUGUCUCGGGUAGUAGUUCUGCAUUCAUUUAUUGAGAUCCGUUUGGAUCUGUACCAGGCUAUAGUUCUCUGAUUGCAAAGCAUAAACUGGUGUAUCUGAAGGCUCAGCUGAAGGGGGCUUAGAAAGUGUUUAAUUCCAAUGAAGAUUUUACAUGUUCCUGUGAUUGGUGUGACGCUUUCUGCUCUUGCAGUCUUCCAGGUCUUAAAUCAUCAAUUGUGAUAAUUUAAAUCUGAGAAGUCACCAGUGGACCACCCUUUCACAAAGAUACAAACUGCUAUAAGUAAUGGUAGCACCGAUGGAUUGAUGUGAUUAAUAAGAAUGUUACGUAGCAGCUCACAGCCUGCGUUGCAUAGGUGAGAGGGAUUACAAGAACAAUAAAUCGGUGUUUGAACUCCAGUGCAGCCACGGUGAACUCGAACUUUCUGUUGCCCACUGUAGUAACCCAUGGAGGGAUAAUGAUCUGAGAUGUCAUUACUUGCACCAAGGAUGCCAUUGUUUUCUCACACUUAAAUUAUAUGUUCGUGUAAAAAUAUUAUAUAUAUAUAUAUAUAUAUAUAUAUAUAUAAGAUUGGUUCCAUUUAUAUUAUGCAGUAAGUGUACAAUUUGAAGGUAGUUAAGAAACUACUUUGUUAUUAUUGUUUGCAAUAUUCAAUGAGAAUGGGUGCAAUGGUUUUAUUAAA